CAUGCUUGGGGUCCAUUCCAUGGGCUACCAGGUUUCCUCUAGGGUUAUACGUGGGAACCAGACUUUUCUCCGGCUUACCCCACCAUCCGUAUUUUGCGGGAGGCCCCGCUUCGCCGGGUUUCCACCAUCCCCGCCACUAACGGCUCCGAGAUCCGUUCCUCGAAGCUCCCCCGCUCCAACAGCAAAGACCCCGGUUAAGCAUCGGCCCCACGUGUGAACUUCGGACGGCGCUAGUCAACCACAACGCCAUCGCUGCUCCGGGAAACAGCUUCUUGUUGGACUGACUUUCAACACAUACAAUCAUCACACACAAAAAUGGCCUCCCUUGCCCGCCGUCCUCCUCUCCUCGUCCCAGCUGUGGCCCGGCACACGGCCACCGUCAUCUUCAUCCACGGCCUUGGCGACACUGGCCAUGGCUGGGCUUCGGCCGUUGAGCAAUGGCGUCGCCGCCAACGCCUUGAUGAGGUCAAGUUCAUCUUGCCCCAUGCGCCUUCGAUUCCCAUCACUGCCAACUGGGGCAUGAAGAUGCCUGGUUGGUAUGACAUUUUCGCCAUCGAUGGCAGCGCCGAAGCUCUCCGCCGCAACGAGGAUGAGGCCGGCAUCCUAACCAGCCAAGCUUACUUCCACGAUCUGAUCCAGAAGGAGAUCGACUCGGGCAUCCCGGCCGACCGCAUCGUCAUCGGCGGCUUCAGCCAGGGCGGCGCCAUGGGCCUGUUCAGCGGCCUCACUGCCAAAUGCAAGCUGGCCGGCAUUAUCGCCUUGUCCUCGUAUCUCCUCCUCAGCCUCAAGUUCGCCGAGCUCGUGCCCAAGCCCGAGUUCAACAAGGAGACGCCCAUCUUCAUGGCCCAUGGCGAUGCGGAUCCGGUUGUCAACUAUAAGUUGGGCACGAUGACCCGUGACUUGCUCAAGGAGAUGGGGUACAAUGUCAAGUUCACGACGUAUCCGGGUAUGGGUCACUCUGCCUGCCUGGAGGAGUUGGAUGCGAUCGAGGAUUUCUUGACCGAGAGACUGCCCAAGGUGGCUGACAAGUCGGAGCAGAAGUCCGAGCUAUAGGUCCAGUCUUUUAUGGUGAAUAUGCUAGCGUUACUUGCUUCAAAUACAGCCUUGCUUGUUCUUUUGUCGGAUAUCCCCAUACAUAGGUAAUACUCUGAUACCGCCUGGGUACAUGGAGGUAUUUUGGAUUCAGACGUUUUGCCCGCUUGUGUGUGUUUGUGCUGUUGGACAUCUGAUCGUUGUCUCGUUGCAUGCUUUUAGGCAUCAGGAAGUACAGGGGGGGGUGUUGGAGUGUUUAGUGUAGUGUACAUGUCAUGAACUCACGACUCCCAACAGGUACACUACUAUCUAUCAUUCGUCAAUCGG